AUGGCGACCGGUGGCUACCGGGCGGGCGGCGGCGGCGGCAGCACCACGGACUUCCUGGAGGAGUGGAAGGCGAAGCGCGAGAAGCUGCGCGCCAAGCAGAACCCCCCGGGCCCCGCCGCCCCGGGCGGGGGCGGGGGCGGCAGCGAUGCGGCGGGGAAGCCCCCGGCGGCGGCGGCGGCGGCGGCUCCGGGCCCCUCGGCGGCCGGCGCGGGCCCCGAGCUCAACAACCUCCCGGGCGGCGCGGCCGCACCUGCCGCCGCGGGGGGCGUGAACUGCGCGGCCGGCCCCGGCCCGCGGCGGCCGGAGGAGGAGCCCCCCGCCGCCGCCGCCGCCGCCGCCGCCGCCGGGGCCCCGCCGGCCCGGGGCGAAGAGGAGGAGCGGGACGGCGCCCCCGAGAAGGGCAAGAGCUCGGGCCCCAGUGCCCGCAAAGGCAAAGGGCAGAUCGAGAAGAGGAAGCUGCGGGAGAAGCGGCGCUCCACCGGCGUGGUCAACAUCCCCGCGGCCGAGUGCUUAGAUGAAUAUGAAGAUGAUGAAGCGGGGCAGAAAGAGCGAAAACGAGAAGAUGCAGUUACACAACAGAACACUAUGCAGAAUGAAGCUGUCAGCUUAUUAGAUCCAGGCAGUUCCUAUCUGCUACAAGAGCCAUCUAGAACAGUUUCAGGCAGAUACAAAAGCACAACCACUGCCUCUGAAGAAGAUAUCUCAAGUAGAUAUCCCCGAACAGAUAGAAGUGGGUUCGGCAGACAUAAUAGGGAUGCAAAUGCUUCAGGUAAUUUUGUCUCAAGUAACACAUUGGAAAAGAAAAUUGAAGAUCUUGAAAAGGAAAUAUCAAGAGAAAGGCAAGAAAACUUAAGACUUGUGAGACUGAUGCAAGAUAAAGAGGAAAUGAUCGGAAAACUCAAAGAAGAAAUUGACUUGUUAAAUAGAGACCUAGAUGAUAUAGAAGAUGAAAAUGAACAACUAAAGCAGGAGAAUAAAACUCUGUUAAAAGUCGUUGGGCAACUGACAAGGUAG